AUGUCAGCCCAAUCUAUGUUCCCAGGCUUGACAGCUUCAAGAUUCACAAGACAAAUAACCAGGCUAAACUUGAUAUCGAGUGGACCAGGGUCCGUUACAGUUGGUCAAAAUGUGAAAAAUGUUGAAUUACUUUUCAAGAGAUUAAAUACCGAUGGUCAUAUGGGUGCUAGAAAAUUCUGGAGAGAGAAUUUACCAAGAGUGCAGUUUCAUAAUCCAGCUCUACCAAUUCAAGUCACAAGAGUUGAAGUUGCAAAUGCUUCAGAGCAUGCAAAAGUUCCAGCCAUUCUAAAAGUUACAUAUGCUGAUGGUAAAACAGCACAAGUUGAUGUUAAAAACAAGCACAGUUCUGAUAUUUUGAAUGACUUCAUAAACCUCACUGGAGCCAAACCGGCCAAAGAAGUCAUCAUUGACAGGGAUCCUAGAGGCAUCCAAUGAACGACUACAAGCCAUC